AUGGGUGCGCCCUGUGGCCCAGGAGGGGUUGAUUUCGGGAGGGGCCAGCCGGGGAGCGCCGGUCCCGGCUGCGGAAACCCCAAUUCGCCCUGCUCGCUUCACCGCAUCCGCAGCAAAAAGCACCUCGAGGCGCUGGGAAAGAGCCGGCAGAUCAGAUCGCGAGGGCUGGGGGGCUCGACGGGCCGGCGCUCGUCCCAGGCGAGGCGGCUCUCGCGUUUGCCCCCCAAGACGCGCAGCCCUGCGGCAGAAAGCCUGUCUAUGGGCCCCACACCAGCUGCUCGACGUAAAGCAGCCAGAGGGAGCGGGUUCCCUCGAGCGGCCCGCGGGAGAGCCCGCCAAACCCGGGAGCCGCCUUGCCCUCUGCCCGGCUGCCUCCCAUCCAGCCCUCCCGGCGCCCGUGUGCAGGCCACGCGGCCCGCCCGAUCGCCUCCCGCGCUUGUCUCCAGCAGAGCCAGCAUGGAAGCGGGAUCCAUGGAAGCAUCCGCCCCGCUGCCUCCGGCGGCGUCCUGGGAGGAGGCGGCGGCGGUGGAGGAGGAGGCAGCGCCCAGCAGCACGUCGCCCACGGCUCGCGAGGUGGAGGAAGAGCUGAUCCUACCCGCCUCCACCUCCCUGGGGAGCGACGAGGACACGGUCUUGCCGCGGUCGAGCUCCUUGGAGCGGGGGGACGACCUCCCGGAGCCCUCCCUGCCCUCUUCGUCCGAGUGGCCGGAGCCGCCGAGCGCCGGCCCCAGCGAGCCGACCUCCGCGCCGCUCGAGAGCUCCCCUUUCGUCUCCUCCUCGCUCUCGCCGUCGCCGCUCUCCUGGAAGGCGCCCUCCGACGGCCCGCAGCGGCGGCUGGAAGAGGCGGAAGGCCGCGGGGAGCAGGCCGAGCGGACGAAAGCCAAGAAGAAGGGGCCGCCGGCCAAGAAGGGCGCGCCAAGCUACAGGGUGAGGACCAUCGUGCCAGCCGAGAAGGGAGAGCUGGUGUCGGUGGCCAAGGCCAUGCACCGGGAGAAAUUCGCCCAGAACGCCAAGGAGCUCUUCCACUUGGAGAAGGAGGCGGCCCUCAGGUCCCUCCAGACAGGCCUCUACAUCGGCUGGCGCUGCCCUGAAUAUCUCUGGGAUUGUUUCCGAGUGGGGGGUGAGUCCAAGUGCUUCUGUGGGCACCUGCUGAAGCUGCACCAGGUGUACAAACGAGCCACGGUGCCCUGCACUGUGGCCGGCUGCCGAUGCCAGGGGUUCCUGUUCGUUCCUUCAUGCCCUGAGGAGGUGGGCGAAUUCUGGCUCCGGCGAAGAACUGGCUUUGAUGUGGCAUCCUGGCGAGCAAAAUGCCGGUGCACACACACGCACGAGGAGCACACGCCCAUCGGAGCACGGGCCUGCUGCGUCCGAGGCUGCUCCUGCAUGGCCUUCACCUCCAGCUUCCUGUGUGCGGCCUGCGACCGACGCUGGGAGGAGCAUGAAACCUUCUUUGAGUCAGAGGAGACGCGGCGCAGAGGUGGCCGGCCUUACGGAGAAGCUUACCUGCCCUUUGCCGAGCUGCCCGAGCUGCGUGGGGCCGUGCUGACGGGGCGCUCUGAGGACCCUUCCACCUGGGCUCUGCAGGGCCAGGCCUGUCAGGCCCCGCCCACCUCCUCCUUCUCCUCCUCCGGCUCAAGGGCUCUGCCUCUUCCCCCCGCAGGCCCCCGGCGGUUCCUGCAGAAGGACGACAAGAAGGCUUGA